CUAGAACACGCCACGUCACUCUUCACCGGAACUCAAUCGUCUUGAUCAUGGGUGGAUGGAGUUUACCGACGCCAAGUCUCCCGACGCCGAGCUUACCAACAGGCUUGCCAGCGUCUUUGGCUCGAUUCACACGCCGCGUCAGCAAGACUGCCAGCAACAGUUCGAGCUCAUCGUCACCACAGAAGACAUCGAGCUUUAAACUCUACGCCAACAUGGUUAGUCAGCCCAGUCGUGCAGCUGCAUGGGCUCUAAAGGUCAAAGGAGCAGACUACGAGUUUGUGGACGUCGAGUUCGGCGGAGAACUUAUCAAGUCAGACGAGUUUAAGACGUGGAACCCCAAUGCGCUCGUCCCCGUGCUUCGCGACGGCGAGUUCUCUCUCUUCGAAGGCAACGCCAUUCUGGCUUAUUCUGCUGUGAAACUCGGCUGGAAGGACUUGUACCCGACCGACAUACAGACGCGCGCCAAGGUGGACGAGUUCUUGAACUGGCAUCACACCAACACGCGGUUGUUCACCGUGCAGAUUCUUCGUCCAGCUGCAGCUAAGGCGUCAGGCAAGGCGUCACCUUCCGACUUUACGUUUUUGGAGAACGUAGCUGCUCUUAUUGAAAAGGAGAUGACGCUUCUCGAGACGUUCCUGGACAAGGACUACGUCGCGCAUACUGGUGCGCCAACCAUCGCUGACUACGCCGCGUACUGCGAGAUCGAUCAGCUGGAGAUGAUGGGAUACAACUUUGAGAAGUACCCAAAGGUGACGGCUUGGAUCGCACGGAUGAAGCAAAUUCCCCAUCAUGACGAAGUGCGCGAAGACCUCGAUAAGUUCUUGACCAAGCUCGGUCUGCGGGCAGAGGCCAAGACGAACAAACCGUAA